GUAACUACAAUGGUUUAGGGUUGCCAUGGAGACAGAUGGACACAGAGGGCCUGCAGCGGACAACAUGUCCUCCAAAGUUCACUCCGAAGGCCCCAUAACCAAGGACCACCUGCCCUCAAGCCAGGUGCAUCCCCCAAGGCCAGAGGCCAAUGCUGAAGCUGUCAACUUCCUCAGCUCCCUGAGGCUGGAGGAGCUGCAAAAGCUGUUCUUCUCCGAGACUCUGGUCAUGGUCUUGGACACCGGGGACCCUCAGGGAGAGCUGACGAUCGAGGUACAGAGUGAGAAGUACAAGGACCAGCAGGGCCUCAUGUCCCACUGCCUCUUCGUGCACGCCAGGAGCCAUGGUGUCUUGGAUAAAACCAUCUGUGGAAACUCCAUCCUGGGUUAUCUCUCGUGGAAACUGGAGCCCUUAGAACAACACAGUCAUGAGUUCAUCAAGUUCCCUGUCCUCCCCAUGGAGCGGAAGACAAGUUUGCUGAAAAAGGGUGACCAGCUGACCAUGACCAGAAGCAUCAGGGAGGGUGAGGAAGUGAAGACCAGCAAGACUUCUUUCCCCUGGGACUCAAAUGAGGGCUUCAUCUCCGAGGCUGCCAACCUGGUGCUGCUGCGGGUGAUGGCCUGGCGGCAGAUGGUGCCCAGCAAGGCCCGCUUCCUGGCCCUGGACACUGAGGGCAAACUCUGCUGUUCCACCUAUCGAGCCCUAGGCUUCCAGGUGAUCCAGGUGGGCCACCAGCAAGCCCAAGUAUUCAUUGUGGAGCAGACCAUGCACUCGGAGGAGGGCAUUCCCACGUCCUGUCAGUUCUACCUGCUUUCUGAUGGGCACCUGGCGAAGAGAGUCCAGGUGGGCUCCCCGGGGUGCUGCGUCAUCACCAAGAUGCCCAUCUUAAGAGAGGAGGAUGAGAUUGAGCCUUCGCCCGUGUUCCACAAGAAGCCCAUGGUGUGGGAGGAGGACAUGGAGCUCUACUCCAAGUUCCUGGACCGGAAGGAGCAGCUCCGGCUCCACCACGCCAGCUACCUACGGCAGCACCCUGAAGCCCAGGCGCUCGUCUCCGACUUCCUGCUCUUCCUGCUGGUGCGCCAACCCCAGGACGCAGUCACUUUCGCCGCAGAGUUCUUCGGCUUCUUCUCCGCCAAGUGCUCGCCGUCCCCGAGCUUGCGCUCCUCCCACCCCCUCAGCCCUUUCCGCCCGCUGGACCCCGAGGACGGCGCCGACUCGGGGGCGGGCUAGGUGGCCCAAGCACCUGCAGAAAAGGGGGCGCCCAGAGGGGGCGCACAUCCCGGCCGCGGCCCUGCUGAGCUGUCCCUGACCGGCCUCUUGUAUCUUGAGUCAAAAAAUACACCAAAUAGGAACUGUUAACUUAUCGAGCGAGUUU